CUACUGUACUCAUUUUGUUUUUUAAUCGUAAAAGCCGAACAAUUUUUCCACCGUCGGAUCACGUAAAUCCCAUUUUCACCGCGCCAUCUGUUGGCCGAGAUUUUUAUAUCAAUAUGGCGGCCACCACUGUUCCUUCGGGUUCCUUCCAUGCUGAUUCAGAUAUUCAAGUUACUUAUGAAGAUCAGCAAAAAAUUAACAAAUUUGCUCGUCAAAAUGCCAGACUUGAAGAUCUUAGUGAUGAAUUAAAAUUAAAACAAGAAGAAUUACAAAAUUUAGAAGAUGCAAAAGAUGAACUUUUAAUGCUCGAUGAAAAUGAUACAGUUCCAUAUAUGUUAGGUGAGGUAUUUGUUAAUCUUGAACAGAGUCAAACUGAAGAAAUGUUAAAUAAGACUGAGGAAUCAAUAAAUGCUGAAAUAGCAAAUAUUCAAGCAAAUUGUGAAGCAAUCAAACAAACUAUGUCAGAGCUGAAAGUUCAGUUGUAUGCAAAAUUUGGAAGUAAUAUUAAUUUGGAACCAGAUGACAACUAAUACUUGAACCAAAUAUUGUAAUCUAUUACAUACUGUUUCUAACUUAUUUUCAAUCAAUAAAUGACUUGAAAUUACAUG